CAAGUCUGUAGGCAUGCGCUAGAUGUCGACCCAAGCGCACACCCCGUUACCCCAGGUCGGGAAGCUGGUGAGCGUGGUACCUGUUGGCCUCAAAGAAGCCGCCCUCGACUCACCGACCUUUCGCGCCACGACCCAUCACUUCUGUGACCAGAUCGAGUUCAUCGAGAAAUGGCUCGACGGCUACGCCAAAGCCGCAACAAAACUCACCUCUGAGCUGGCGGCUCUGGAGAGUGUAGUCAGCAGCUUUCUUUCCUACUCGACCCGUCCCCUGGUCGUCUCCGAAGCUGUUGUUGAUCAUGACUAUACACUAUUGGCGAUGAGGAGGUGCGGGGAGGGUUCGAAAGACCUGUGGAAUGGAUUAGUUGCAUCGACCAAGAAGAUGGAGAAUAUGAUUGCCGAACCCAUCCGAGUCUUCAUCCAUGAGGAUCUGCGGCAGUUCAAGGAUACCCGCCGCGCUUUCGAACAAGCCCAAAAGCAGUAUGAUUACUUGCAAUCCCGUUAUGCCUCGCAGUCGAAAUCCAAAGAAGCAUCCGCUCUGAGGGAGGAAGCGUUCCAGCUUCAUGAAGCCCGCAAGGCCUAUCUGCGAGCGUCCAUGGACCUUUCUGUGCAAUCUCCCCAAGUUCGCAAUGCGCUCGACCGACUCUUGGUCCGAGUCUCUUUUGAUCAAUGGCGAGAGUUCCGCAAUUUCCACAACAAUAAUAGCGGCACGUUCUCGAAAUGGUCGGGCGAGAUGGAUCGGAUCAAAGGUUGGGUUCAUGAGAUGGAAGGAAGCGACAGGUCUUCUAAGCGAGAGCUUUUCGCGACUCGAAAGCAAAUCGAGGAGGCUGCUGAAAUCGUGGCUAGACCUUCUCGGGAGUUGGAGGAUUAUUCCAUUUCCACCGUUCCCUACCUCGGUUCUCGUCCUCUCUCAACAAUGAACAUGGGCAAGGAUGUCAGGCCGGAAAAGCAAGGAUGGGUUUACCUCCGAACGCUUUAUGGAAAGCCGACUCGCACGACCUGGGUCCGCCGCUGGGCCUUCUUAAAGCACGGCAUCUUUGGCUGUCUUGUACAAGGUGCCCGUACUGGUGGUGUCGAGGAAAGCGAGCGUAUUGGCGUUCUUCUUUGCAGUGUUCGCCCCGCUUUCCAAGAAGAGCGACGAUUCUGUUUCCAAGUCAAAACCACUAACAACACCAUCAUGCUGCAGGCGGAGUCUCAGAAAGAACUGAUGGAGUGGAUUGGAGCUUUCGAAUCUGCCAAACAAAAAGCGUUGGAGAACCCUACCAGCACUGAUCUGUCGAUAUCUGGAAAAGUGACUGUCCAGGAUCCUGCUUUCGCAAUCUCUCAACCUCCAGCUCCAGAGUUUACCGCGGACCCAAGUGAUUCAUUCACCCCGCACCACAAUGAUGAGACGACUCCGACAGAGCAUCGGAGCUCAACAUUGCCGGUGCCAGACCGCGAUGGUCUUGCAUAUAGGGCUAGUACCGAUGCGGGCAGUCGAAGGUUAACUUCCUUGGAGAGUGAAAUUUCUGCCAGAGAGCACGCAUCUCGUCUUAAGCAUAAGUUGGAUCUACAUCGCAAGUCAAACAAUGCGGCCCCGGCAUCUCCUGCUAUUCCGGGGCCGGUCGGUGGCAUAGCUAGUCUCAUCUCUGCCAGUCAUAAUAUCCUCCCAUACAGUGGCAAUACCCCUGUCAAUGUGGGCGAAGCAGAAGGAAGCCGGGGUCGCAGCCUGAGCAAUUUUGACGAACCUGGAGCGAACCUUGCACCUGCCACACUAGCUAACCCGCCUGCCCCAACGAGCAUGAGUAAAGCUGCGGUUGUUGUGAAUAAUGAAAGGGGCAUUGGAUUAGGUCUUGUCGAUAGCACAGGCGGUAUGCCCAGUGGUAUGAUGGCGAACCUCUGGGGCACUACCAACUGGGGUUUCAUCAACAAGCUUCAGCGGGAAGAGCCCCAUUAUGCCAAUGGAGACCAAGAGUAUGGAUCUGAAGGCCGACCGUCCUCUGUCAUGAGCGAUUCCGAGAAACAGGCAAUUGCGGCCCAGACAGAUUUACCGGAAGUGUCAUCCCGGCAGCCAUCAGGGCCACGCCAUCGACAAACCGUGAGUCUUGACGGGGAUGCAUCCAAGAUUCAGCGAGCCGUACUUGGUGUUGCAGAAACCGAGUAUCCAUAUGUGUACCCGCAACAAUUGCGGAUUCAGGACGCUCAGUUCCGACUUCUCUUUCCCGACGUCAAGAAAGAGGAAGCUUUGGUCUUGGUGUUUAGGGCAACCUGGAGUCCCAAUGACCACCAAGAGUUCCCCGGCAGAGCCUAUAUCACCACUCAGAAUAUCUACUUCUACAGUCAUCACUUUGGAUUAGUGUUGACGACAAGCGUCUCCUUGGAAAGUAUCAAAGAGGUGACGGCUGCCCCUGGCAGAGAUGCCGAUUUCCUCUUCCUUCAUACUAUUCCUCCCCUUGGAAGUGACACGCCCGGUCGAAUCACCAUCAAGACAUUCCUUGAGCCGCUCAAACUCCUUCAAAAACGCCUGAACUUCUUGAUUCAGGGAUCAAUUGCCGUUGAACCCAUGUCUCUCGAGACCGUCCUCAAAGAGUUGAUCAAGAUGGACACUGGUUCUCCAAAGAGAUCUAUCAGUGCCGAUAGCUGGGAGGAUCUCUCAUCAGGAGUUGAUAAUGCAGAUCAAGGAAGUCUUGUGGCCCAUGGCCGUGGCAAAGAUAUUCGUGCUCCUAUAUACAUUGACAAAGAUCUCGAUCUGGACGGAGGCAGGAAUGGCCGUGGGCGAGAUAUUGCGAAGUUCAGGCUCCCCACGCAGCCAGUGACAUAUGUUCCUCAGGGUGACCUUGUCCUGGCGACCGAGAAAGUGUUGGAUAUCAGUCCCAAGGCACUCUUCCACAUUCUAUUUGGAGAUAAGAGUGCUGUUUGGCAGCUUUUGCUGCAUGAACGACAAGCCAAGGAAAUCAAGCAAGGACCCUGGGCCGCCACUGAAUCAAGACAUCUCAGACGAGACUUCUCGUACAAAAUUGCAACGAAUGACAUGUUGGGGACUCACGACAAUGCAAUCUCUGAUUAUCAGAUCAUUGAUGUACUCAAUGACCACCUCUGUUACGUGGUUACCGACAAGCGGACUCCGUGGCAUCUCCCCUUCCGACGAUCCUUCCGGCUGGUCAGCAAGGUUGUUAUUACUUUCGUGGCCAAGUCGAAGAGCAAGCUCGCCGUCUACACUAAAGUCGAAUGGCUAAAGACUCCUUACGGCCUGCAGAGCAUCAUUAACUCGAAAGCAAGUGACGACCUGCAAGAAGACGCCUUGGACCUGAUCGACCUUGUGAGCGACCAGGUGCGUCGCCUGGGAGCACAUAGCCGCACCAAAAAGGCCAUCACAAUCUUUGGCCACGUUGGACGCCAGAGCAAUGUUUCUCAAUUCACCGGCGCAGGCGUCAACUUGAAGCUCGAGCCUCGUAAGCCUCGCACCCAGCGGACUAUGCCUCAGCUCCUCCUCGAGACAUUCUUGUCUCUCCUGGAAACCACCGUUUCCAUGGUGAUGCAGUGGGCCAUUGGCAUUAUCAGCUGGUCUUUGAAGACCGUGAGCGCGCACAAGGUCAUGCUGGUCUUGUUGGUCAUCAGUGGGCUUUUGAAUAGCUUUUACUCUACCCGGGACACCUGGGACUGGUGGCAGGAGAGACAUGCAAGCAAUUUCAUGGCUAGACUGGGAGUCCAGCCGAACCUGGUCAUGAGCAAGGCAAUCUAUUUUAGAGACAUUGACGAGGCCGUCGCAAACACGACCAUCUGGAACAACACUGGAAACGCCAGCAACUGCUUCAGUGCGUUCCACGAGAAUACAAUGCGGUACGCAGAGCUACCGCUUUCUCUCAGCACCUCCGGACCCCGAGACGCAGUGACCAAGAGCGCAGCGAAACGAUUCCAGCAGACGCGCGAACGUCUUGGAACUUACCGGCACAACCUCUUGGUUGCGCUGCGCGUUGUGAACAGCAUUGAGAAAGAGGUCAUUCAGAACGAAUGGGAACGCUGGCUCCGCGAAGAGCUUCGACGGUGUCGCCAGGUUGAGACCCUCCUUGGCGGUAAUGCUGCUGGAAAGAAUGCAGACACGCAAGCUGCCGAAACAGCCCAGGCGGAACGUAUCUUCGCAGAUAACGCAGAGGGCGUGAGGCAGUGGUAUGACCGAUACUGCACAAGCUGUCUCCAGGAGCAAGAGCUGAUGCUGAAAAACGACCGGGAAAACGUGCUGCUCUGA